AUGGAUGAAUUUGAUGUAAAUCAAUGUUUGUCAACUUAUCUUUUCAAUUUAGAUAAAUUAUCAUUACUUGAAUUAUGUUCUUAUCUUGGAUCCGUUAAUUGUUUCAAGUUUUUAAGGACAAAAUUUAAUUCAGAUAUCACUCAUCAUUGUUUAGGUUUAUCAUUUAUAGGUGGCAAUCCAGACAUAAUAAGUGAAUGUUUAAAAAAGCAAAAGCCGAAUUAUAGAUGCAUGAAAUAUGCAAUUAUGUCUCAUAAUAUCGAUUUUGUUACUUAUUUAAUUGAUGUCCAUAAUAUCAAGAUUGACGUAAGAGAUUGUGAAUACUUCAAUAAUCUACAAGUUUUUUUCGUUUAUUUGGAUAGAACUAAUGACUUCACAAAAUGCAUAAUAUAUUCGCCAGCAUUUAAUAUACCAUCUGUUUGUGAAUACUUUCUUUCAAACAGUGAACAUAUAAAUGAUGAAGAAUUUCAUUUCCUUUCUUACAGGAAAAUUAACUAUGAUAUAAUGACAAAACUUCUAUUAUAUUUUUUUAAAUGUGAUCUUUUUUCAGAUUGA